AUGUGGAAUCAGUCUCUUGAUAGCGACAUAUCCAGCAGUCUAUCUACUUCAAUGGACGAUUUGACCCAUUUAGAUCUUCAGAAAUCAUCUUUAUGUUCAACCAUCACAUCUGCUGAGUCAUCAGCAGAAGUUGAUGAAACUACCAUUCUUCUUAAUUCCAUUUCAUCGUAUUUCUCUGUAAAACCAACAAAGUAUAAUGGUCGUGGUUGUUUUGCCAAUACUGAUCUUGUUCAAGGUACAAUUAUUCAUGAAUGUUCUAUGCCACUUAGUUCAACUAUUGCUCGAACUUUUAGAAAACAAGUUUGUGAAUUUUGUUUGGAAUUUGUACAUGGUAAAACUUUAAAAUUUAAAUUGAUGUCACAAACGAAUAAGAAAACUAAAUCUAUGUCUACUCCUGCAUCUGCUUGUUCAUUAGCACUUUAUUUUUGUUCUCAAACUUGUAUGGAGAAAUUUAUUGCUUUGGAUAUUGAUGAUUUAUAUCGAGAAAGUUUAUUGAAUGUCGAACGUCUUUUCAUUAAAGGAUUGAAUCAACGUCAAUAUGAUCUUGAAAAGAAGAAACAACAAGAAGAAGCUGAAUUAAAACAAACUAAAGAUAUUGAAUUAUUUAUAUCUCAGAAAUGGCAAGAAGCUGAAAUGAAUUGUCAAAUACUUUUGUCGAAAUUAAAAUUAAAACAAAGAAAAAACUUAAAUAAUUUGACUUAUUUAAUACCUAAAAUUGAUGAAGAUGAAUAUAUGGAAAUUAAAUAUAUUAUUGGAAUAUUAUUUCAAAUGUAUAAACGUGAUAAUUGUGAAAAUGAUAAGUUAUCAUCAGUAUCUUUAUCUUCCUUAGAUCUUCAAAUUUUUCAAUUUAUUCAAUCAAAUGAUAUUGAAAAAAUUCGUAAAUAUCCUUAUUUACUUCAUUCUUAUACUAAUAAAAUUUAUAAAUUCUUAAAAUUUUCCACAUUGAGAAAACUUCAGCCAUAUAUUAUUCCAUCUAUAAUUCGUUCAAUUAUUGGUAAAAGAUUAACUAAUGCCUAUGGAAUUUGGUCAAUGGAUGAUGAAUCAGGUGGAAAUAAAGUAUCAAGUGGAUAUUCAUUAUAUCCAUCAGCUUCGUUUUUUAAUCAUUCAUGUAAUCCAAAUGUAAUUAAUAUUGAAAAAGGGAGAAAAGUUAUUUUCAAACUUCUAAGAAAUAUUAAAAAAGAUGAAGAAUUAUGUAUAAAUUAUGAUAGUUUUAUUAAUGAUGAUUUCGAAAUAAGACAAAACGUUUUAAAAGAAUGGUUUUUUGAUUGUCUAUGUGAACGAUGUGUUGAAGAAAUGAAUUUAAAAAAUACAAAAAAAUAA